CAGCAGGCAGGCAGCGAUCCGAUCCACACAUUUUUCAUGUCAUGCCUUCCUCCAUCCACGCACAUCGUCUCAGCGAGAGCGUGUGUGCCUCCGCGUCUGCGUCUGCCCGGCCUUGCACCGCACCGCACCCAAAAACGGUCGUCGACAUUCGUCGACACACCACACCACACCACUCCACAUGAAUGAAUGCACACCACUCACUCACCAAAGCCACCCAACCCAUACAUACGGCACAGAAACUCCUCCCUCUGUCAGUCAUGUCAGCGCCUCACUCCUCAUCUCACCUCACGCUACCUACCUGCCGCACCGACACACACACACACGCACACACAGACCGACCCUACACAGCCCAUGUGUCGACACACGCCAUGCAUCCAUCCAUCCCACCCGCCCGUCCCCAGUGUAUGUACACUCCGUGUGCGUCCCGUCCGUCCCACACGACUCAACUCCAUCAUCAUCAUCACGUGUGUCGAUCGGCCGGCCCUUCACAAAUUGGAGACAGCUGGCUGGCCACUGUCCGUCGUGCGUCGUGUACGCCGGUGGGGUGGACUCGCCUCGCCUACCAGCCGUCGAGAGAGCGCACCGGACCCUUGACAAAUAGAUGGGGACCAAGCCCCCACCGCGAGGGACCCUCCCUCCUCAUCUCGCUCAGGCUUGCCGCAGAAACUUGGGGUGUGCGUAGAUAGCGAUGGUGGCCCCCACCAAACCGAUCCUGAAUGAAAUGAAGGGCAAAGAUGACGGUCACAGGCGGCUCACGGGCUCUUUUGUUUCAUCUAUCGGGGUGUGGGUGGCUUACGAGAGGCCGGUGUAGAUGCCGAUGGCGACGAACCGGAUGGCAUCCGGCCGCCUGGGGGACGGCACAGCCGCGCCAGCAAACACACUACACACAUGAUAUGACAUGACCGGGAAGGAAGGAACACAUGUGGCCAAUUGAUUGAUUGUGCACACGGCACGGCGUUUGUUUCAUGUGGGUUUGGUUUGCUUACGACGCGGCGUUCUCCGUGAAGCCACCGAUAAGGUAGUAGAUGAUCACCAGAGCAACUGCACACACACACAUACAUCAUCCUCACACCACCACGUCGCAGCCCCUCCACUCCCUCCCUCCCUCCCUGACCAAGUCUUGGGUCCAGGACGUCCUCCUUGGUGCACGCCGAUAUCGGGUCGAGGACCAUCCAGGCGAAUAUGGUCAUCUCCAUGGCCAGCAGCGCCGUGACCAUCACCGGCGGCAUGGCCCGGUGCAGCCACUUGGCCACUUGACGCGGGUUGAUCAGGAUUGACAUCAGGUUACCCAGGAAAUCGCCCACCAGCUUCGACAGCAGCAGGUCCUGACACACACCAACAGGGAGGGCAUGAGUGGAUGAGCGGACGAGGGCGUGAGAGCACCUCCCUCCAAAAGGUGGAUGGAUGGAUGUGUCAUACCUGCGAUGCGAUUGGUCCGCCGAAGAAGGCCAGGAAGGGCAUGAGGCUCAUGAGACACAGCCGGUUCACAAGCAGACAGAUACCCAGCAACCACAGCGUUAUCGUCGCUCUGCACCCAACAACCACCCCACACACCAACACACCAACACACCAGCGACUCCCACCUGUCCCGCACCCUUUUGUCCCUCUGCUUGUGCUCACUCCCUGUCUAAUGACGGCGGCAGGAGGUGGAAUCUUGACUCGUAUCUGGGGCCCAGGCUGGGCUGCAGCAGGUGCUGCGCCGGCGUGGGGCUGCCCAGCCCGCUGCCCGACAGAGUCCCACUGUCCAUCUGCCGCGUAUACUCACCCCGGCCAGACCUCGGCGACUCGUCAGAGCCCUCCAAAAUCAGAUCGUAGAUCGCCCGCAGCUGAUGACCAUGAUCAACCGACCGACCCACAACACACGGAGGAAUGAGUAUGUGUGUGCACAAACCCGCAGUCUCCCCGUUUGUGUGUGAGGUGAGAGAGAGACACAUAGAUGUCCGUUCCGUACCUGGUGUGUGCAGUGGAAGACGCCAUAUAUGACGACACAGAAAGUGGUGACGAUAAGCGGCACGGCGAGGAAUAUCAAUAUCUCUGUCCGCGAGGCGUCAGGCUUGAAGCCCGACAGCUUAGUCACCAGCACCGUCGUACCCGCCGCUACACCCGUCCCGAGCUUGACCACCUGAUUGAUGUAUGGGAUGGAUGGCCCGUCCGUCCACCCAUUCUUCCAUCCGUCCAUCCAUCCCAAUCCCUACUACACCCACCCUCACAUGUGCCCAUGCAUGCUUACGGCAGGGAGUUUGGAGUCGCCGGUGGCCAGCAGCUGCUGUGACGACGACAGGAGGGCGGAUGUGAGGCAGCCCAGGAGGAUGCCCACCGUCAGGACGCCCGCCCACGUGUCUGCGAACCCCGCGCAGAAGCACACGACGCCCGCCACGAUGGUGACGAAGCUGGUGCGGAACAAGUAGGUGCUGUCCGUCCCAUACAGCUGGUCAAACACACUGAGUGAUUGAGUGGAUUGAUCGAUCAACAGCAGAGAGAGAUGCAUGGCAUCGAUGUCAGACAACAAAGAGAAUGAUGUCCGUAUCUCUGCGACCAUACCUGUCGUAUUUGAUUUGCAGCGAGAUCAUGAGGGGCGCCGGGAGGAAGUUGGUGAGGACGAAGAACAGCAGCACCUUGUUGGACUUGAGCAGGCCCUGGAAAUACCCCACCGACGUCUGGAAGAACGUUAUAGUGAUCUAUAUAUACACACACACACAGACACACACACGACCGAAUGUCAUGACCCCUUCCUCCUGGGUCCUGCAUGCGGUCCUGCAUGCGCCCUCGCGCACCUGCUGGCCGGCCCCGAGAGUCAGGGCCAGCGGAAAUAGCCUCCAAUACGCCUACAUGUCACACCCAAGCACACGCACACACACAGACGAACACAGGCAGAGCGUCGCCGACAAAUGGCAGGCAUGAAUUCCAUGCAAGCCACACUGUUCUGCUUACCGAUGCCAUGUUUGUAGAGGCCGAUGCAGCAGGGGCUACCUCACUGGCGCCGCCCCCCUCGGUGACGGACGUCGGAGUUUCUUCCUUCUCAGCCGGAGAGCUGGGCGCGGCCGCAUCCGAAUCGGCCAAUGGCGGGAGAGCGCUCAGCCUGCUGUGGUCAGGGGAUGGUGUGCCGUUUUCUGAGCUAUGGGCCGACUCAGGACGCUUAGAGUUGGUCUGACGACCAAUGACUUGAUGCAUAAGAGGCGGCUGGAAACGACGAGAACCACAUCUCUAAUGGCACAGAAGAAGCGCGAGUUGAGU